UGAAGUACAAAAAGAGAGAGAGCGAGCCUUCAAAAGAAGAUGAAUGCAACAAACACAGAACCCCACACUCACACACACACAAACACAAACAAACGAAACAAGUAACAAGCCUCAUCCUCAAAUUUAAACCUCUCUUGUCUCCAUCUUCAUUCCUGCACAUUAUACACACACAUACAGAGACAAGAUAAGAAGAAUGACAGGGGCAGUGAUGGUGAGCAAGGGCGCUGGAUGCGGUGGUGGUAGGCGAGCGUCGGAGCAAGAUGACGACGAACAGAACCAGCUGUCUCCGGUGGCGGUUCUUUUGGCGGCGCUUAGGAAAUCAAUGGUGGCUUGCAGUGUAGACAGUCCCAAAGAUGUGAUAUCGAAUACCGUUCAUCAAAUGGAGAUUGGAUGGCCCACAAACGUUAAGCACGUUAGUCAUGUCACCUUCGAUCGCUUCAAUGGCUUCCUUGGUCUUCCCGUUGAGUUAGAGGUUCAUGUUCCCGCUCCUGUUCCCAGUGCUAGUGUUAGUAUUUUUGGUGUCUCAGCUGAAUCAAUGCAAUGUUCUUAUGAUUCAAAAGGAAACAGUGUCCCCACUAUUCUCUUGCUAAUGCAGGAGCGAUUAUACUCACAGGGAGGCCUAAAGGCUGAAGGUAUAUUUAGGAUAAACCCGGAAAACGGUGAAGAGGGGCUAUUAAGGGACCAGCUGAACAGAGGCAUUGUGCCGGAAGACAUUGAUGUUCAUUGCUUGGCAGGGCUAAUUAAAGCUUGGUUCCGAGAACUUCCUUCGGGAGUGCUCGAUGGACUUUCCCCUGAACAAGUUCUUCAGUGCAAUACAGAAGAAGAUGCUGUUGAGCUUGUAAAGCAGCUAAAGCCAACUGAGUCAGCCUUGCUCAACUGGGCCAUUGAUCUCAUGACUGAUGUUGUUGUGGAGUAUAACAAAAUGGAUGCUAGAAAUAUUGCUAUGGUUUUUGCUCCAAACAUGACUCAGGUAUGGAGCCUUAUUAAUUGUUAGCAUUUUCUUGUUGUA